CAGCAUGGCCGCAGUCUAAUACCUGAAACGAAGAUAACACAUAUAGAUGCGUGUAUAAAUUGAGAGUUAUUUCCCUUAACCCAGAACUCGUAUCAGCCUAUAAUCCAUUAAGGUCACAUGAUCAGAGCGCACCAAUGAAAUUCGUUUCUGUCUUGCCAUCUUGGUUUUUAUAAAACAUUGUAAAUGAAUGAAAAAUGAGAGCGGGAAAGUAUGUGACCGCCUCCGAGCUCUAUAGUGAUAAUUAUAUAUAUAUAUAUCGGCUAUCUACGGCUGUAUGGUGAUAAUUAUAUAUAUUGUGGCUACCUACCAGCUGUACAGUGACAAUUAUAUAAUGUUGUUGUUGGCUGUCGAUGGUCUUGGACUAUAACGUACCAUCUCAUUUUUCCCUCAACAGUUUAUUUACACGGUGUCUUGUAGGACCUCAACUUGUGAUCUGUAAUCGUCUAUUGUAUUUGUUAUUCUAUCAUAUAAAGUACUUUGAUUUGCUGUAAAUUACUCAUCUCAACCUGGUGUCUCUCGAGCUUUAGCUACAAAAAUUCUGUCUUCGUUUGUUUAAAAUUCUUGUUACUAAAGUAUUGUAAUCGAUAUUGUUUAUUUAAAAUAAUAAUGAAAUGAAAUUAUUGUAUACAGUGCUCAGGUGCACCACAACGAAGCUGAAACAAAAUCUCAAGUUUACUGAGAUGACAGUGUUGCGUUAUACUCCAAGAUCCCCCAAACAAAUAUAAGAAGAACCUUAUUUUCAGGUCAUUUCUGAUAGAAGAUACUAUGAAGUUGGUGGUGUUAAGAGAGAGAGGUUUACUUGCAGAUGUCUUCAUGGACAGGAAGAAAUAAAACUCUAAUUUAACUUUGAAGUCUCAUUGUUAAAAGAAUGUUUCUAAAAGUAGGUAAACAUUAUAAAUGUGAAAUUUGUGGGAAAAUACUUACAAACUGUAAAUUAUCUCUUCAUAAGUGGACUCAUACAGGGGAAAAGGAAUUCAAAUGUGAAAUAUGUGGGAAAGACUUCUCGGCAAAAGCUUAUUUAAUAGUACACGAACGUAGUCAUACUGGAGAGAAGCCAUACCAUUGUGAAAUUUGUGGCAAAACAUUUUCUGCAAAAGCUUAUUUACCACUGCAUAAACGUACACACACUGGGGAGAAACCAUACCACUGCGAAAUCUGUGGAAAGCCAUUUUCUGCAAAAUCUGGUUUAAUGGCCCACAAACGUACUCACACUGGAGAGAAGCCACACCACUGUGAAAUUUGUGGCAAGACAUUUUCUCGAAUCGGUAAUUUAACAAGACAUAAACACACCCACACCGGGGAGAAGCCAUAUAAAUGUGAUGAUUGUGGGAAAGCUUUUUCUUAUCAGAGUGACUUACGCUACCACGAAGGGGUGCACUCGAAGCCAUACGACUGUGAAAUAUGCGGGAAAUCAUAUGCUGUAAAAUCUUCUCUAACAGUUCACAAACGUACUCACACUGGAGAGAAACCUUAUCACUGUGAAGUAUGUGGGAAAAAAUGUCCAAGCAGUGGCUCCUUGUUAAGACACAAACGUGUUCACACUGGGGAAAAACGACACCGCUGUGAAAUCUGUGGCAAAGCGUUCCCUGAAAAAUACAUUUUAACAAUACAUAAACGUAUUCAUACAGGGGAAACUCCUUUUCACUGUGAAGUUUGUGGGAAAGAAUUUUCAGAUAAAGGCAGUUUAAGAGUACAUAAACGGAUUCAUACUGGGGAGAAGCCACACUGCUGUGAAAUCUGUGGUCAGACAUUUUCUCAAAAUGGCCCUUUAACGAGACACAAACGUACACAUACCGGAGAGAAACCCUACACCUGUGAAAUCUGUGGGAAAGAAUUUUCACAUAAGAACACCUUAAGAGAACAUACACGUAUUCACUUUGGGGAAAAACAAUACAGCUGUGAUAUUUGUGGGAAAUCAUUUGUUUGCAGGGGUUAUUUAUCUAAGCAUAAGCGUAAGAUUCAUGAUGGAGAAAAAACUUAAUAUUGAGGUUUGUGAGAAAACAUUUUCUAAAAAUCACCAUUUAUCUUAUAAGUUUAUUCACACUGUUAAAACCAUACGGUUAUAAUAUUUUUGAUAAAAUAUUUACAAAUAAAUAGAAAGAAAUAUAUUUACAAUG